GGGUCGGGCCGGGCCGGGCCGGGCCGCUCAUACUGAGAUUUUUCCGUUACCUAACUACAUAUAUUGAAAAGACUCGCUUCGCUCGCUGCGCUCGCUCGCUCGUAACAACGCAGCAGUUCGAUAGACGACAGACGGCCGCUUUGUGGCAUAUCCCUAAGCUAAUAUGCACGAGGUUGCAAAUCAGCUAAAAAAAAGCCAGUGAGCGCAAGCGAAAGCGAGCUUCCAAGCACUUUUCAAGCAGUUUCUAGCAUUGACCUGGUAUUCGUCUUAAUCGGCGUAAUUAACCAGAUCCAAGACCAGAUCGAAACCAAUGACGGGUUUGAAACACCGAUGCACAGAAGCUUUUUCGAUUUGUGAGUGUGUGGUCAAACGGUAAUUGUUGGAGAUGAGCAAGAAAACUUCCUAGUCUUUUUUUCUUCUAGAAAAGAAAAAUAAUGUAGAAAUUCUAUAACAAUAAGUAGAAUAGUGAAUACGUCUACAAACAUUGAAGUUCGUCUGAGUAAUACGUGGCACCGAUAAAGAAAUACUGUGGAACAUACGCAUUCAGAUCAUUGCAGAAAAGAAUGUCAACUUCAAGCAUCGCUAGUUGUGGAGGAGCGUCCAUCCGCAGUCAGGCGGACGCGUUCAGAGCCGUCACAGACCAACAGAUGGACCAGCUAUCGGACGAGCAGCUGCAACGCUCCACCGAGCAGCUGCAGACGGCCGUCCGGCAGCUGCAGCUGGAGACAGACGUCUUUGAGCGCUUUCUCCAGCGGGUCGACCCAUGGGAGCACGCCGCCAGCGCCGCGCCCGCCGCCAGCUCCGUCCAGUCGGCCACGCCCUCAAUCAGCCCCGCCCAGUCAGCCUCUGACGUCAGCACCAGUGACCAAUCAGCGCGCAGCACUCUACGCGGCGCACGGCGCGCCGGCAAACCGAGUGGCAAGGGACGGGUCGGCCUGAGCGGCGGCGUGCGAGGAGCGCCACUCAGUCGGCUGACACCUGAGCAGCGCUGUGACGUGGCCAGCCGGGAGCUGGAGGAGCUCAACGACUCGCUGCGCCAGCAGGAGGGCCAGCACGAGCGCAGCCUGCACAACCUCAGAGCUGUUCUGGAGGCAGCAGAUAUCCGGCUGAAGGAGAUCCAGAGCAUAACGGCCAUGUUUGAAAAGGACGUCAUCAAGGGAGCCGUCAACCCUCGCUCCAGUCGGGUGAUGUCAGAGAAGAUCCGCGACAGUGUGGCAGGUUUACACAAGCAGUACAGCCGGAGCCGACAAUGGAUCUCGCAGCCUCAGCAGCUGUCGCAACUGGCCCAAAAGCGCAACACUGCUGGACAGAGCCAGAACAAAUGCAAGAUAGACUCGC